UGUGUAUACCCUCGAAUCUCUGCGCGAGACGACUGCGAAAUUGGCCUUUCGAGUUAAUUACUGACUGAAUAUUGCAGAGGUCGGCAUCACCGGUAAAUAUGGUACCAGGUAGGCAUUCGCGCCCUCCCACUCCGAACCCCUCAGCAAAAAUUUCGAAAAGCCUCGAUCGCGGCAACAACACGAACGAUGAUUAUCGAGCAACGGACACAUCGAAAUCCUUCACCCCCGUGACACGAUGGAAUAUUGACGAUGGCAUGAUAAUAGAUACGGUGCCUCCCUGCGUAAGCAGGUGAAGAAGAUGGAAGUGUCCCAGCACGCCCGUUACAUCUGCACCUUCUGCGGAAAGAAC